GACCAUUGAUGCUGCUACUGCUAGAGAGCUAUUAUAGACACUUGAGGGGUUUAGAAAUGUCGGAGUUACUGCGGCAUUCAUUGAGCAAAUUCACUUUCACUCCAAACGGAACACCAACUAGGAGAGGAACUGCAACAAGAAGAUACAAGCAUCUGAGACCAUGUCAGUGUGUGGCGACGCAGGAUAACCGCCUCAUUGUGGUUAAGAAUGGCAAUGAUUCGUUGGAUAUAUGUCGGGUUGUGAAUGGGAUGUGGCAGACGAGUGGUGGAUGGGGCAGAAUUGAUAGGAAUGCUGCUUCUGAUGCUAUGCUUAAAUAUGCUGAUGCUGGACUCACCACUUUUGAUAUGGCUGAUAUAUAUGGCCCUGCUGAAGAUCUGUAUGGGAUUUUCAUCAAUCGAGUUCGUCGUGAGCGUCCACCAGAGUUAUUGGAACAGGUCAGAGGUCUCACUAAGUGGGUGCCACCCCCAGUUAAGAUGACAAGUAGCUAUGUAAGAGACAGCAUUAAUGUUUCAAGGAAGAGAAUGGAUGUGGAUUCCUUGGACAUGCUUCAGUUCCAUUGGUGGGAUUAUUCAAAUACAGGUUACAUUGAUGCACUUAAACACCUUACAGACUUAAAAAACGAAGGUAAAAUCAAGACUGUGGCUCUAACAAACUUUGAUACAGAGAGACUACAAAUCAUUCUUGAAAAUGAGAUUCCUGUUGUAAGCAAUCAGGUACAACAUUCAAUUGUUGACAUGCGUCCCCAACAGAGAAUGGCAGAGCUUUGUCAGCUUACAGGAGUCAAACUUAUAACGUAUGGGACAGUAAUGGGUGGUCUAUUGUCUGAAAAGUUCCUUGACACCAACAUAAAUAUUCCUUUUGCUGGUCCCGCAAUAAACACUCCUUCCCUCCAGAAGUACAAAAGGAUGGUAGAUGCUUGGGGAGGAUGGGGUUUGUUCCAGGGACUACUUCGGACUCUUAAACAAGUAGCUACUAAACAUGGUGUUUCGAUCUCAACUGUUGCUGUGAAGUAUGUGCUAGAUCAGUCUGCAGUAGCAGGAUCUAUGGUUGGUGUAAGACUGGGCUUGUCGGACCAUAUUCGAGACACGAAUGCUAUCUUUUCACUUGUUCUUGAUGAAGAGGAUGUGAACAGCAUAAAAGAAGCUGCAGGGAAAGGAAAGGAUCUGCUUAAAGUGAUUGGUGACUGUGGAGAUGAGUAUAGGCGUGCAUGAGUCAUGCUAUUGCUUGCGUAUCAACAUGGUGAUUACUUUAGUUUUUACAGGACAAGGGGAUGAAAAAAGAGGAAAUUGUUCACGCCCAAUUUUGUUUCAGCAGAAGAACUUGUGAUACUUUCAUAUAUUCAUAUAUUACUCAAUACUGUAAAAAAAAAACAAAAGCAAAGAGGAAAUAAUUUAUUUUGUAUUAUGUA